AUGUCAUCUGUUGCCGAAGCCAUCGCCGUUGCCCCCGCUCCGCCGCCACCGGUCGAGGACCCAAGCUUCCGCGCCGCCCAACGGGCCACAGAGGCCAAAGAGAUCAUGCGCCGCGCAGUCAAUGCAACGGGAGUUAGACAUGACUGGACGAGGGAAGAGAUCUCCGCCAUCUACUAUCAGCCAUUGAUGGAUCUGGCCUUCCAAGCUGGAUCCGUCCAUCGUCGAUUCCACAACCCCGCUGAGGUCCAGCUCUGUACCCUCAUGAACAUCAAGACCGGAGGCUGCACCGAGGACUGUUCCUACUGCGCCCAGUCCACCCGUUACUCUGACGGCACCGGCCUGAAGGCGAAAAAGGUUGAGAGCGUCGAGUCAGUGCUGGCAGCGGCACGCACCGCCAGGGACAACGGCAGCACACGCUUCUGCAUGGGCGCCGCUUGGCGUGACAUGCGUGGCCGCAAGAACAGUCUCAAGAACAUCAAGGCCAUGGUCAGCGGCGUGCGAGAGAUGGGAAUGGAAGUCUGCGUCACGCUCGGCAUGAUUGACUCCGAGCAGGCCAAGGAGCUCAAGGAGGCUGGAUUGACAGCGUACAACCACAACGUCGACACCAGUCGCGAGUUCUAUCCCUCCAUCAUCUCCACAAGAAGUUACGAUGAGCGUCUGAAGACACUAAGCCACGUUCGUGAUGCUGGUAUCAACGUCUGCUCUGGCGGUAUCCUUGGAUUGGGAGAGUCGUCGGAUGACCGUAUCGGACUAUUGCACACCGUCUCGACCCUGCCGUCGCACCCAGAGAGCUUCCCAGUCAACGCGCUUGUUCCGAUUAAGGGUACUCCGUUGGGUGACAGGACACCGAUCCAGUUCACGAGCAUGUUGAGGACCAUCGCGACUGCGCGAAUCAUUAUGCCAUCCACCAUCAUCCGCAUUGCCGCUGGAAGGAAAACGAUGUCGGAGGAGAAGCAGGCGCUGUGCUUUAUGGCCGGUGCCAACGCCAUCUUCACGGGAGAGAAGAUGUUGACGACAGACUGCAACAACUGGGACGAGGACGGCGCUAUGUUUGGCCGCUGGGGCCUGGAGCCAAUGAAGAGCUUUGAGAAGUCUGAGAAGCCCGUGGCUGAGGUUAAGUUGGUUAACCUGUGA